AUGGAGGUAACACAGCGAUUAUCGCCGAACUUAUGGAUAAUCAUGGCUGAGAAACGCAUCAAUAAGUAUUUAUGUCCGGUUCCUAACUGUGAGAAGAGAUAUACAAGGCCAUGUCUUUUACGACAGCAUGUUCUAACCCACAACAAUGAGAGACCAUAUGCCUGCUCUUUUCCCGGUUGUGGGAAAAGAUUCUUUCGCGGUAGUCAUCUCAAAGCACAUUCAUGGACACAUUCAGUUAAGAAGCCGAUAACUUGCUCAAUUUGUUGUAAGGGAUUUGUUACAAACCAGCAACUCUCUCGGCAUGAAAAAACACAUAAAAUGCAGGAUAUACUAGAGAAUUGUGCGGAGAAUCAUUCUGCUCAUCUCCCUAGCGUCGAUCUGAAGGAGCAGCCUGGCACGGUAUCACACAUAUGCCCAUAUCUUGAGUGUUUUGAUGAAUUCGCUACAGAAAGCCUUCUGACGGAGCAUAUGCUUGACUCCCACAUGAUGAGUCCAAUUGUUCACGGUCUAGAACCACAAUUGCUGUCAAAAAGGAAUUCAGAGAAUGAAGUCUCCUCAAAUAGUCCAGUUGACACUAACACUGGUCAUUGGGUCGAUAUGAGCUGCAAGACAACAGAUUGCAGCUCAUUCGAACCCUUCGAAAGACCGACUCAGUUAAUAGCGCACUACGAUUGGGAUCAUGCAUUUGUUCCCGAAUCAUUAUACUUUACUGGCAUAAACAAUGAAGAAAGCGAUCAAUCUUCAUAG